UAAGCCGUGAGGCUUAAUAUGUUCGUCCUUUCAAAAAGAGUGAUCGAGAUCGAGCGGUCUAGCGUUCUUUGCGCACACCGCUGAACACCUGAAGCGUAAAAACACAGGCAAGGCCACUCUGCAGGACACACCUGAUAGGCCUACACCUCCCUCAUUUCCCGCACGAAGUCUGGAGCAGUCCAUGGAGCAAAGCAGAAACUAUGAGAGGAGCAACUGAAACCUACGACACAGCGUUGCGCGUAAUGAAGGGCAGUCUGAAAUAAUUCGCCUGCGGUGGAAUACACGCGGAGAGAGAGAAUGGGCAUGGCGAGUGAGGAUCUGCUCGUCACACUCCAGAUACUACCUGGUUUCUUUUCAAACUGCCUCUUCCUCGCCUUGUACGACUCCGUGGUUCUCGUGAAGCGCGCUGUGUCGCUGCUCAGCUGCUCCGGCUCCGCCGGCUCCGGAGAGUGGCGCCGCAUGCUGACCUCCGCGGGGCUGCGCUCGAUCUGGAACAGCUUCCUCCUUGACGCCUAUAAACAGGUGAAACUUGGCUGCGAGGCACCCAACUCGAAGCUGGUGAAGGUGCCUGAUGGUCCUAGGUGGAGCAGUAAUAUUAGUAACAUGACUAAUGUGCCACCUGGUGCCAGGAUCCGAAAUGGAGAGGAGUGCCGCCUUCUGGAUUUUGAGUCAUCAGAUCGCCCUCUGGUGGUCAACUUCGGCUCAGCCACCUGACCCCCCUUCAUUAGCCACCUGCCAGCUUUCCGGCAGCUGGUGGAGGAAUUCAGUGAUGUAGCUGAUUUCCUGUUGGUGUACAUUGAUGAGGCUCACCCAUCUGAUGGCUGGGUAGCCCCUCCUAUGGGCUCUUGCUCUUUCAAUGUCCGGAAACAUCAGAACCUGGAGGAGAGGCUAGGGGCAGCGCGCAAACUCAUUGAGCACUUUUCCCUGCCACCGCAGUGCCAGCUGGUAGCUGACUGCAUGGACAACAAUGCUAAUGUAGCGUACGGUGUGUCCAAUGAACGUGUGUUUAUAGUACAACAGAGAAAGAUUGCCUACCUGGGUGGCAAGGGGCCUUUUUUUUACAAUUUGAAGGAUGUGCGGCAGUGGCUGGAACAGAGCUAUGGUAAACGGUAGGAGUAAUGAAGGACAAGUACAGAGGCGGACAUGACCCAUAUUUCAGGAGGGAAAUAAGGGAUUGUGCGUGUACAAACAUAAACGUGCAGUCAAAAGGAUUGUGAUAUGGCGAUAUCUGACAAAGAUCUGUUAUGAAUUAAGUUACAAGAUUGUGGAGCGACUUCUUUUAGCCUACUUUUGAAAUCAGGUCAGUUUUUUUGCACAGUGGUCCAUUCAAACAGAGACAUGUGUGAAGACCUACACUGAUAAUCCACACUAACCAGGCAGCAAGUUAUUUGGAGGCAAACAUAAAGUUGACAAUGUCUGCACUUUGUUUGUAUUCAUGUCCACUUUUGAUGCUAAAAAUCAUGUUUAUGUGAUUUCCAUUGAAAUUUCAAAAUGAAAUGACUCAAAUAGGUGACAAAUCAAAAGUUCCCGUUAUUUAAAUAUGUUUUAUGAAGUAUGUACUAUGCACUAUGUCAACAAUUGAAUUUUAUGUAUGAUCUUCAUUUCCCCUCCUUUCUCACUGGAUGAAUGUUCAUUCGUACAGCAUGUACCAACCAUUGUUCUCCAUCUGACAGCUGGCUGUAGUUUUUUUCUCCCCCUUUCCAUAUAGUCCCCCUAAAAAGCAUUUACCUCCUUCAAGGUUUUUCUGUUUACAGAAUUGAAUCAAAGUAGAUUUAAUGUUGCUUUUCUGACUGAUCAACAGAAAUACACCAAGAAAACCACAGAACAGAGCAGAAAAAUGUCUUUAACGUGAAAGUGAAAACAGAUCUUUCUAAUGUGAUCUGUGCAGUAUUCACCCUCUCCAAGUCGGUGUUGAAGUAAGUGUAACUUUGGGAGUUGUUACAACUGUGAGUCUGUGUGGAUAAGCUUUGGCAGGUUAUGCUUCAGUUAGGCUUUGCACAUCUGGACAGUGCGUUUUUUUUUUCCCCCACUUUCUCUUCACAAAGCUGCUCAGGCUCUGUCAGGCUGCAUGCAGAUCUCGAGUGAACAGCCUUUUUCAGUCCAGCCACAAAUGUCUCUGACUCAGCCACUCCAGCACUUUAAUGUUGUUGUUUUUAAGCUAUUCGUGUGUAGCUUUGGCUAAAUACUUGGGCUUAUGUCCUUGUGCUGGGAAACAAAUGUUCUCCCAUGUGGCAGGUUUCUUGCAGACUGCAUAAGGUUUUCCUCCAGGAUUUCUCUCUUUUGCUGCUUGUGUUUCACCCUUUACCUUCGCAAGCUGCUGCAGAGAAGUGAACCCACCACCACCAAGAUUCAAGGUGGUUUACACCAGGCAUGGUGCCACACACUGCCCCGCCAUAAAAAUACCAUGCUUAUUCUGAUGGACAAAAAUCUCAGUUGGUCUCAUCAGACCAGAGAACCUAUGUUGUAAAUAAAAGAGUCUCCCCAUAACCUUCUGACAAAAUGCAGCCCAGAUGUCACUGGAGGUUUUUUAGGAGUGACUCUUUGUCAGACGUACAAUUUUCAACAUUUACAUCCCUCUAUAGCCUCCUUGCACAUUUCUGAGGACAUUCCUCACUAGGAAGAUUUACAGCUGUGGCAUGAGGCUGAGCUAUCCCAAAAUAGACCCGCAAACAACCAAAUUUUGGCUUUGGUGGUGUGUCAAAAAACUAAAAGUCAUUUCAUUUCUAAUGGUGCAAUGAAUGAAAGAGGAAAGACAUAAACUCCAAUCUGAAUCUGAUGUUGUGUAACCUUUCAUCUUAAAUAUGUAUGUGACAUGCCCUGGUUGGUGCGGCUGACUCUUAUAAUAAUAACAACAUGGUUGGUGUGGGGAUGUGCAGCUUUGUACACCUGUGCUUGGUUAUUUUGCUUGGAUUUGGUGUUGAAUCUCAACAACUAGUGCAUUGUUGGCCGCUGGACGCCUCCCGACAGCAGCUGUCCAUAGUUCUGACAGUUUGUUUUAUGACAGAUGUACUUUGUUCAUUUCCAACAGAUGUUCAGUAACUGAAAUGUUCUUCUAUCCAUCCUCUGAUCUUCCCCUAACCAUUCGUCUGGAGUUGUUUGAAGCGUUUCUUUGUCUUUAUGAUGUUUGUGUUGCCAUAAUACUAACUAACUGGCACCUCUUCACUAAACACAAGUGAUCUCCAUUUUACUAAUUAUGUGACUUCUAAAACCAGUUGGCUGUACCACUAAUGAUUCAGGGGGUGAAUACUUGUGUAUUGUUUCUAAAAAGCCACAUUAAAUCUACUUUGACUCUAUAUUUGAAAACAUAAAAACCUCAAAUACUUCUGUAGGCACAGUAAAUUACUGUGUACUUACAUUACAGUCAAUGACAUUUAAACAUAAUUGCACAUUAUGUCCCAAACAUGACAGGAAAUGUAUAGGCAUCCUUUUAUUUCCAUGAAAUGAUUGAAGUACCACAGUCCUUUGUCUUAGACAUUGGGGGUAGGGGGCGUCACCAUCACUUUUCAAAAUCCUUUUUCUGACCCCCUUACAUUAAUUAAUUGAGACAGUUAUUAUUUUCUUUGGAUUUUCUUUUUAAACAUUUCCCUCUUUCUGUUAAGCCAUCAUAGCUUGAUAGAUUCAUAGCGUCAUAGCUGCUGGAAUAGAUGGGAAGAUAAAAAUGUUUUCAUCAGAGUCACCCUCAGUUAUUAUCAUGUGCUCUAAGCAGAAGUUUUAACGAGCAGCAAUGAGGGUUUUGCACACUUUCAUUGGCCUGGGUCUUGCCUGUGAGGCUACAUAACAACCUGACUUAUUGGUGGAGGUUGUUUUGGCUGUCUGAGAGGAAUACUCAGACACUAAUCUAUGGGGUAAACAGAAAAAAAAAUGUUCUAAAACUAAAACUCAUAUGUAACAUGUGUCCAUGAAUUUUCUCCCCAAAAAAGGUCUUGACAUGAGACAUAAGACCUAAUCCAAAAGGAGAUGGACAGGCUUAAUACUGGUAGCAGAGUUACACCUCACCAAUUGAUGAGCAGCAGUAGCUACAUGUCCUAAGAAUCAAUGUAAAGUUAUGCUGUAGAAACUAAAUGAAAAAAAUACUUGUUUAAGGUUCAGAGACGUGUAUUUGAAUGUUGACGCAUUCCCCAGCGAAACAAACUGGGCCAAUUACUUUGAACAUACGUUUGACUUGAGUAGGUUACUAGGAACUGAGAGGGCUGCAAUCUAGAUGAUUUUCACUUUCAAAUGUGUUUUAUGUUUUAAAACUAAACAUUUACUUGUAAACAGCAGCUCAGAUUCAAAUCUUACAUUUUCGGUGGUGUUACGGUCGGAAAAGCCAGCAUGUUGGUGUGGUAUGUGUGGUUGAGAGUGGUAUGGAACGUGUCAAGAGGAUCUAACUGUCAUCAUGCUGAAGUCAUAUCAUUUAAGCUCCAUGAGACACACAGAUAGUUUGUUCUGGCAACAGUGACAAAGGUGUGCAAAUGAAAACUUUUGACGAAAGAGUCCCUGACUCGGUCUCUGGUUGGAUAGUGAACUGCACCUGGUCAACAUGACACAGAACCAUUACAUCUGUUUUCAUUGUCAGUCUACUCAAAGUAGGUAUGUCUCAGAAACUGAUAUAAACUUUGUUUUACAUUUUAUCUACUGUGCUUUUUCAUUACUGCUUAGUGCAAUAUUUUAUUUUUCUAAUAUGUCAAAGAAAAGAAAUGAAUUGGAAAAUAAAGGAGAAUGUUUAACGCUGAAA